AUGCGCAUUGAUAUUAAGCGUAAAUUGUUAUCGCGUUCAGAACGUGUUAAAUGCGUCGACUUGCACCCAACUGAGCCUUGGCUAUUGACCAGUUUAUACAGCGGCAUCGUUCAAAUCUACAACUACGAAACACAGGCCUUGGUCAAAACCAUCGAAGUUUCAGAAACACCCGUUCGUGCUGCAAAGUUUGUUGCUCGUAAAAAUUGGAUUAUUACUGGUGCUGAUGAUUCUCAAAUUCGUGUAUUCAACUACAACACACUUGAGAAGGUGACCCAUUUUGAAGCUCAUCCCGAUUACAUUCGUUGUCUUGCAGUUCACCCUACUCAACCUCUUUUAUUGUCUGGUUCUGAUGAUAUGACCAUUCGUCUUUGGGAUUGGGAGAAGGGAUGGAAGUGUGCUCAGGUCUUUGAAGGCCAUGCUCACUUUGUCAUGCACUUGACAUUCAACCCCAAAGAUUCCAACACAUUUGCAUCUGCAGGUCUUGAUGGCAUGAUCAAGGUCUGGUCACUUGGAUCCAACGUCCCCAACUUCACCUUGGAUGGCCAUGAAAAGGGUGUUAAUUUUGUCGAUUACUAUCAAGGUGGUGACAAGCCUUAUUUGAUCUCUUGCGCUGAUGAUAAUCUUGUCAAGAUUUGGGAUUACCAGAACAAAAACUGCGUUCAAACACUCGAAGGACACAACCAAAAUGUCAAUUUCGCUGCUUUCCACCCCAAUUUACCCAUCAUUUUGUCAGGCUCUGAGGAUGGCACUGUGCGUCUCUGGAAUUCUGAUACCUACCGCCUCGAAAACACAUUAAACUAUGGCUUGGAGCGCUCUUGGUGCAUGGCCACUCAAAAGAACGGCAACAAUGUAGCUUUGGGCUACGAUGAAGGUGCUGUUGUUAUCAAACUUGGCAGAGAGGAGCCUGCCGUCUCUAUGGAUUUGUCUGGAAAGAUUAUCUGGGCCAAGCACUCUGAAAUUCAAACAACCAACAUCAAAACAGGUAUUGAUGAUAAUGUCAAGGACGGCGAGCGUUUGGCUCUGCCCAUCAAGGAUCUUGGAAGCUGCGAAGUCUACCCUCAAACCCUGCAACACUCUCCCAACGGUCGUUUUGUUGUCGUAUGUGGCGAUGGCGAGUAUAUCAUUUACACUGCUUUGGCUUGGAGAAACAAGAGUUUUGGCAGCGGUCUGGAUUUUGUUUGGGCUGACGAUUCAAAUGUGUAUGCUGUCCGUGAGUCCUCUACAAAGGUCAAGGUCUUUAAGAACUUCAAGGAAAGAGCUGGUUUACUCCCUAAGCUGAACUACAGUGCCGAAGGAAUUUAUGGUGGUGCUUUGCUUGGUGUUCGUGGUAACGGCUUCUUGAACUUUUAUGAUUGGGAAAAUGGAGAAGUUGUUCGUCGUAUCGAUGUCGAUUCUAGAAGUGUGUACUGGUCUGAUGCUGGCGAUUUGAUUGCUAUUGCUUGUGAAGACUCAUUCUACGUGUUGAGAUACAAUGCUCAAGCUUAUGCCCAAUUCCUUGAAAAUGGCGGCGAUCCAGGAGAGGAGGGUGUUGAGGAUGCUUUCGAGUUUAUCACUGAAAUUCCUGAAGGUGUCAAGACUGGUACUUGGGCUGGCGAUUGUUUCAUUUACACCAACACUUCCAACCGCAUGAAUUACCUUGUUGGUACAGAGACAUACACUAUCAGUCAUUUUGACAAGCCCAUGUACCUGUUGGGCUACGCUCCUAGAGAUAAUAGAAUUUACAUGGCAGAUAGAGACGUCAAUGUUUACAGCUAUGGAUUAUCUUUGACCGUCAUUCAAUACCAAACCGCCAUUCUCCGUGGUGAUCUCGAUUCCGCUGCUGGUUUACUCGAGUCUAUUCCUACUGAUCAGCGUGGCCGUGUCGCCAGAUUCCUUGAAUCCCAAGACCUCAAAGAAUUGGCGCUCGAAGUAACUACUGAUAUCGACCAACGAUUUGAUCUAUCUAUUCAACUCGGUAAGCUCGACAUUGCCUCCGAAAUUGCACAUCAAGUCGAUUCUGAGCCCAAGUGGAGAACACUGGGUGAUGUCGCCAUGUCCUCUUGGAAGUUCAAGUUGGCUGAAGAAUGUCUAAUCAAGGCAAAGGAUCUUAGUGGGUUAUUGCUCUUCUACACAGCCAAUGGUAACCGUGCUGGUAUCAGACAAAUUGCCGAUACAGCCAUUGAACAAGGCAAGAACAACAUCGCAUUUACUUGCCUCUUCGAAUUGGGUGCAAUGGAAGAAGCAAUUGAUUUGCUAAUCAAGACAGACCGUAUCCCUGAAGCUGCCAUGCUGGCUAGAACUUACGCUCCUGAUCAAAUCUCUAGAAUCGUUGGUUUAUGGAAGUCUGGACUCGAGAGCAAAAACCGCAAAAAGACAGCCGAGAGCUUAGCAGAUCCAUCAGAGUACCCUAAUCUCUUCCCUGAAAUUUUAAACAGACAAACUACUACUGAGGAAUCAUCGCCUCUUGUCGAUGUUGUUAGUAAGGCAGAGCAAGAAAUCGAAGAGGAGCCUCUUGUGGAUGCUAGCGAAGAAGUGGUAGAAGAAGAAGACAGCACAGUACAAGAAAAAGAAUCACCAAAAGCCGAAUCCCCCUCUCUCAUCUAA